AUGACUCGUAUAAAGCAAAUUGUGUAUGAGCUAUUUGUGUGGAAUGUUCUGAAUCAUGAAGAAAUAAAAAUCAUUUGCUGCAAGAAGGUCAAGCAGAAGGCUCAGAUAUCAGAAGAAGACUUAGAUGAUUUGACUUACAACCUAAAGGAUUUAUACCAUAUCCCAUCUUUUUUGAGCUUCUGUCCCCUGAGUAAAGAUAUUGACAUUAUUUUUAAUUCAAAAAGCACCUUUACAGAAGGUGUUCUAUGGAAGAAGGACCAUCACCAUUACCGAGUGGAGCAGCUGACCCCAAAUUAUCUGCUAGACACUCUUCAGAGCCCCUGCAUCAUCAAAGGGGAAUUGGGCAAAUGGAAGUCCACUCUGCUACAGCAAAUCGACACACUCUGGGCCUCUGGAAAGUGUGGGGCUCUGACCAAGUUCAAAUUAAUCUUCUUCUUCCAGCUGAGCAGGGCACAAGGUGGGCUCUUUGCAACUAUGUGGGAUCAACUCGUGCAUAUACCUGAUGUAAUCAGGAAGCCGACUUUCCUGGCCAUGCUGCUGAAACUACACAGAGUUCUUUUUCUCCUUGGCGGCUACAAUGAAUUCAGGGCCCAGAACUGCCCAGAGACUGAAAUCCUCAUAAAGGAAAACCACAGCCUCCAGAAUAUGGGUGUUGUCGCCCCCACCACUGAGUGCCUGAGGCACAUCAGGCAGUUUGGUGCCCUGACUGCUGAGAGGGUUAUGACGGAGGACAGUGCCCAGACUCUCAUCUGGAAAGUGCUGACAAAGGAGCAUGCUGAAGGUUUGUUGCUCCAAAUUCAGAAAUCCAGGUGCUUGAGGAGUCUGAUGAAGACCCCUCACUUUGUGGUCAUCAUUUGUGUCAUCCAGAUGGGGGAAAAUAAGUUCCACUCUAACACACAAACAACACUGAUCCUUACCUUCUAUGAUCUGCUGAUAUACAAAAACCAGCACAAACUUAGAGAGGGGGCUGCAGGUGACUUCACUCAGAGUCUGGAGUACUAUGGAGACCUCACUUUGGGGGGGGGCGUGUUUUUCCACAGAUUUGAUUUCCAACCGGAAGACAUGUCCAGUGUGAAUGAGGACACCCUACCAACAACUGGACUCCUCUGUAAAUACACAGCUCAAUGGUUCAAGCCCAAGUAUAAAUUCUUUCCCGACUCAUCCCAGGACCUAGCAGGAUGCAGGGUCGGCAAUUCACUGAAGUUUCAAGAAUCAGAGGAGGUGACCAAGGGAAGUCACUUGCAGAAAAUGGUUUUCAUUUCAGACUUUACAUCCAAGUAUAGCAACCUGCUCCCGUACACUGGAUCAGCUACCGAAGCCACCGGGACUGUUUUGAAAGACUGCAGGAGUGUAUCAAGAGCAACCUCCUCGGGCCUUGGGCUCUCCAACACUAAGAAGCCUCUCUGGAGGCAAGAAUCUACAAAUGUGAAAAACACCACCAUGCAAGAAACUCUGAAAGCCAUAAACAUCAAUUCCUUUACAGAGUGUGGCAUUAAUUGAUUCUAUGAGCAUAUAUACGAAUCAGACCUGACUAAAGAAUUUGAAGCUUCCUUUUGUGGUAAAAGCUUAUAUAUCAAGUCAGAGAACAUCCCUGAUUAUUUAUUUGACUUCUUUGAACACUUACUUAAUUGGGUCAGUCCUCUGGACUUCAUUAAACUUAACUUCUAUGGAGAAGCUCUGGUCUCAUGGGACAAGAUCACAGGAGACACAAGCAGGCGUGGAGAAGAGUCCUCAGAAACCUACAUUCCCAGCAUGGCCAUGUCUUUAUUCUGCAACUGGAAGCAGGAAUUUAAGACUCUGGAGGUCACACUCUGGGAUUUCAGCAAGUUGAAUAAGCAAAAAAUCAGAUACCUGGGAAAGAUAUUCAGCUCUGCUACAAGCCUCAGAUUGUGCAUGAAGAGGUAUGCUGGUGUGGCUCGAAGCUUUAGUUCUCUCCUUGGCACCCGUGAGAAAAAUUUUGUCACCGUGGAAGCCAGUGCCCUCACCAUAGAAGAGGAGCAGCACAUCACACACGUGACAAACCUGAAAACCUGGAGUAUUCAGGACCUCCAGACUGUAUGGCUGCCAGGUAUUGUACACAUCAGCAGUUUAAGCUAUAAUCAAGCCCAUUGGGGUGCCAUGGAAAUAUUAGGUAUCAUAUAG